AUGUUCAAGAAUAUCCUCGUGGAGAGUUGGCCAUCGAGGCUGGACGACGACCCGGCUGAGAGCGACGAUGAUGCCAUCUCAUUGACAUCCACAAUCCCUCCCCCCGACGACGAGGAGUAUGUCGUCGAAUCGAUUCUGGCUGAACGCCCAAACCAAAACGGAAUCAUGUACUAUCUCGUUCAGUGGGAUGCUACCCGGUUUGAUCCGUUCUGGGACAGCACUUGGGAGCCCGCAGAGAUUUUUGGUGAUGAUAUGAUUGCCCAGUGGGCUGAGACCAAGGCCAAGCAAGAAGCUGGCGAAGAGAAGCCUUUUGAUGUCGACAGGUACUUUGCAGUUCAACAACAAAAGGAGCGGGAGAAAAGAGAAAGGCACAAUCUUCGUAAUGCGAAGCGCGCCCGGCUGGGCCUUCCCUUGACCGAGCCUUUGCCAGCAUCAUCGUCCAAAUCAAGUGCUAUUCCAGAAGAUGAUUCGAGUAGUGAUGAGGCGAGUGAGGAUGGCGAUGUUGUGGAAGUGUCGGCCCCUCGGCCCAAGCCACCCAAGGCACGAAAACCAUCUUCGACCUCGAUUUAUAAGAAGGGCGUGGCAAGGCCUAUUAAGACCACUGCUCCCAAAUCGCCAACAAAGUCCAAGCCUCUGAAGUCCUCGACCUUGUCAAAACCAAACAAGGAUAGGCCAGCAAGCCUCCCAGGCAAACUAGCCAAACCUGCAGCGACCUCCGACCCACUGGCAUCAUCUUCCACAAAGAAACGGCAGGCUACAGCUCCGUCGACCACUGGAUACGAGGGAACUGCAAGAAAAGCAAGUAAAGACGACGUGAGCGGCCCGUCAAAAUCAAAGACCAAGGAAUCAAACCUCGGUUCCAAGGGUGCCGCAUCUAGUAUAAGAGCGCCGUCGGGCCAAAAGACAACGGCCCGCAAGUCGACCCAAAAGACCGUCCAAAGCAAGACGGGGAACAUCUUUACUGGCGGUAAAGUAAGGAAACCACGGCCUGUCAUUGAGGAGGUUAUGUCCAAUCCCGCAAAGGACCCCAAGCCCUUCAGCAACAUGCAUCUUGGGAGAUUGGCCGAACUUCGUAGCCGUGCUAGGGAAGACAUUGCCCCUGACCCUUCAAAGGUGGCGCUCUUCCCCCUGACCGAGGGGCCUGCUGCAGCGAGAAAGAUGUCCAAGGAAACUGCACAACCGACGGAUCUACCGGAAGACGACAGCCUUUUUGUUGGCGACUAUUCGAUGGAGCUGGAGUCAAACCCAGAAGACAUAACAGCACCCAUUUCCUCCAGUUGGACCGGCCUUGCACCGAUCUCGACAGGCCUAGUGCCGGCAACCUCAGCAGGCCUCACAGCAACGUCGGGAGGAAUCUCACCAAAAACAAUUGACCCAGCACCAGCCUCAGCGGGCCUGCCACCGCCUUCAGCAUGCCUGCCGUCAUCACCACAAGCACACACGGCACCAAUCUCAAGGCCCCCUUUGAAAAAGCGGAAGUCGGUGAGAUGGGAUGACGACGUGAACAGCGUCAUCGAAUUCCGUGAGCCGGAUCCCAUGGACUUGGACGAUAAUACUCUUGUGCAAAAAGAUCAAGUUGAGGCCACUCCACGGCCUGCAGCAUCUCUCGCUGCUCGGCCUCCUACCCCACCCCCCCCAUUGUCUGCUCCUGAGCCAACAGUUACCAUCAUACCCCAACGCAAUACCUGUUCAGAAAAGCGGGUUAGGUUUGGCAAGCCCCAGCCUGGGUCCAAAUGUAUUCAAACAACUUUCAACGGGUUACCUAAUGGGACUCGUGAUGAGCUGUAUGCAAGGUUUCUAGCCACGGAGAGCUUGGAGUUUGACCACAGUUGCCUUGCUACGUCGGUAGCUACCGCACUGCACUCAAUGGUUAAAACUGGCUUGGCCUUUGGCGGCUUAAGUUCUAAUACUGACCAACAAAGGCUACACAAUGUGGCGAGUUCUUUACGAGCCGGCAUUAUGGGACUGCUUUGUGCUCAGCCAGACUACAGCAUUCUCAUAUACCCGUCAAAGUGUGAAGAAUGGAAUGCCGUUCAGCUCAGGGGACUUCCAGCGUCAGGUCCAUCUGAAUUUGAGCUCUUGUACUACAUAUUUACACCACGCGAGCCCCUCCUGGCCCUGCUGCCGCCACCCCGGGAUGUGCCACCCAAGCCGCCUGGCGCUGGCAAGGAGUCAUCAAACCGGCAACUGAUCAUGGAAAAGUUCUUCGGUUUUGACUACCAGAGGCUGCUACCAACCAGCUUGAAGCCCGCAUCGACACAUAACUUCUUCCUGGCAUUUCCUGACUCAAAGAUGGAAGUUCGUCUCUUGCUAUUUCACUGGCUCCGUGCAUGUGAGCCCAACUGCUGUAUUUUCACAAGUGACCAUCCUGGGAGCUGGUAUGCCUUCCAGAGCAAGCUCAGCUCAGAAGAGACAGCGGGUGUGGUAAUCGUACAUGAGUUGAUGGCGUGGACCUUGCACAGGCUCCCGAAUCUGCGACAUCUCUUACUUGGCCGAGAUGAUCAGUUUUGGUGCUUUACAGAGCCGAUGAGCAAGCUCCCGAUGUAUCCAUCAACAACUUCGCUGUUGGAAGAAAGUUCUGUGGUGCCUCCCGGCCAACUCCAGCUCACGCGCUUGUUUCCCCUAGGGGCGGCCAUAUUAUUGACCCCAAGCUUUCUGGUAGCGGAACCAACUCGAGCCCUCGAAAUCAUCGACUGGUUUCUGAUGUACUUUGCCAAAUCCACAACAUGUCGUCUUGUUACCGCAUGGGACUUUGCAGCCUACCUCAGGGACUUGGCUGAGGAGAAGGAGCAUGAUCGAGCCAAGUUGCUAGCCUCCCCAGCAGCGAUGGAGAGCACGGCCAAUCUUACCAUUCUCGAAAACUUGAAAGGUUUAAGCAAGGAAGAUUGCGAGAGCCGGUUUACUGCCGCUAUAAAGGCCUAUGAGCUGGACGACCUGAGACGUCGAAAACUCCCGCCUGUUGGUGACAACGAGGAGAGCGCCACGCUGGUCUAUGCUAUUGACAAGAUCGACCCCAAUGACGAGCAAAGCCUCGUCAACUGGUUUGGGUACUGGUCAACACUGCGAUUGGAUCAGUUCCGCCACUUCUACGUUCUUGGUACAGACGACUCCAUAACAGCGCGUCGGUCUGAAAGAGGCGAGCGAGAAAUCGCCGUUCCAACGUACACCAGCCGCACCAUCAAUGACUCAGACUACGUGUUGAAGGGCACCUUGGAGCACUACCGUGUUCGCAACACGCAGGCCGAGCAAUCCGGACAAGCCCACGCUGUUGCUGAGAGCGCAGGUAUAGCACCAGCCGCCACCUCUUCUGCAGCCCCUGCUUCUGUGUAUCAGGCCUUCGCAAUGCACGAGGUCUCCAGCGAGUGCUUUAGUCGCAUAUCACAGCACUCACUUGCUGAGAUGCUGAAAGAUGUGGGGCCAAGCGAAUGGAAUUCCAGUCUCUGGAUCUUGUUCGGGUUUCCAGUUUCGUGGUCCGAUAGCGACAUGGGCGAUCAUUACGAAGAUUUCACACUGCACUGGAACACCAUCUCGAGCUGGUUCAAAUGGGGGUUUCCAUGGGGAGGAAGGCAUGGGAUCACGCGGUUCAAUACCUAUGUCGGUUUCUUCUAUACCAUCCCCGACGAGUGGGACCCCGACAACAAGCCUGACGACCGCACGCCAAAACGACACCCCUGGCUCGUCUUUUAUCGGCCACGUGAUGCGUUUAAGAGACCGUGGACAGACGCCGAGCUUAUCAUCUGGGAUCCUGCGGCCCCAAGGAGGUUUGGAGACCGUCAGCCCACCGAGGGCGAGCUUACGUUCAUGCAGCGGCAACUGAUCAAGCAUGUACGGGAGCAUACAGGGGAAAGGAAUCCCGGCACCAGGUUGACCGAUGUGUGGCUUGGGGGUUACAUGGUCCCGGAAGAAUGCCAAUCUCCGCACGACAUUGAUGUGGUGGCUCUAUUUCUCCAAGCCUUGGGCACCGAGUUCCAGUUUAAGAAACUUAUUCCCGCGCCGCGUACCAGCAUGUUGAGACCCAAUAAAGGAUUCAAAAGGGUGAAGCUCGCCACGGAUCCAGUUACUGACGAGGACGAUGUGGAGAUGGGUAUCCGGGAUUCUGAGACAUCGGAUGAGGAAGACGCCCGCAUCAUUUUCCACCCACCUCGCGCGACAGGGCGGCCCUUGUCGGACGACGGGCCCCCAUCCAAGUGUACCAACAGGCUCUUUGAAGAAGCCCGCCUCUGGCGCAACAGGUAUGGGCGACGCUCACAGUACAUGAAGUAUCGGUUUCGACCUACCACGGAGUGGUACAAGGACCAGGAGGAGGAGGGGCGUGGCUUUUCACAUAUAACGGACUUGGGACCGCCAACCCCACGUUGGCCGGCGUGGACUGAGGCCGGUGGAGGCGUCGGGGGAAGUGCAGCCAAAGGUGAUGGGAGUGCUCAACCGCAGCCAUCUACAUAUGGACAGUCACCCAUUACAGUCUCGCGGACUGCCGCUAGCUCUUCCUACCAUCAAAGCAGCGUGCCCCCUCCGAUGUUGCAGGAGCCACCAACUGUGACUUUGACGACACUCACUGAGGCUUCAACGACACCUGCCUUAACCCCGUUGGGUAUGCCGGUACCGAUGAGAUUGAUCAACAGACUCAGCACCCCGUUGAAGUCAAUACUGAAAAACUCGGGAACCCCACAGCCGACCGCUGCUAUGGGCGAGGUCCAGCUUCUUGAUUACAAUGCUGAAAAUACACCUUCCAGCGCUGCAUUUUCUAGAAUGCGCAUCUCCUCACCACCGCCAGCAUCUCGGGCAUUGAAAAAGACAGUCCCUUCUGAGGAGCCUGCUCCUAAAUCGAAGGCGAUAACGGUGGGUUCGGUUGCCGGUCGUAGUAAGCGGCCUCGAAUACCAGAUUCGGCUUCAGGGGAUUCGAUCGUCGUAAGCGGGGAGGACGAUACACCGAGUACCAUUCCAGCGCCCGAGUUCCACAGACUGAAGAAGCGGCGGACGUCUGAGACUGCUAGCAUGGCAAUCAGGGGGGAAGAGACGGUCUCCUCGGCUAGCAAGCCUUCAACUUCAACGAUGAUCAAGGUGUUGCCAGUUUUGACCAAGACAGCAGCGGAUUCACGGCCUAAAGCACAGAGCAAAGCGUCUGCAUUGCCGUUCAGAUCUUCAACCUCGAAGCCUCCAAAAACAUCAGCAACGCCUAUUCCGGUGCCAAAAGUCCCGGGCGUAAGGCCCGCAAUGACGACUCCCACAUCACAGCCCAGGACGCCCAUCUCGCAGCACAACACCCCCGGCACGAGGCCCCCAACGGCAACUCCCACCGCGGGUUCCGUCCCUAGGCUCUUCAAUACAGCAGUUCCCCCACACCGAAAGGUCGGCGGCACAGUUACAAACCAAGCUGGCGAAGAGAGCACCACGAUCCCUCCUCUUCGGCCCAGCGACACCAAACGGCGCAAGACACUGAAGCCUCCGUCUUCAACAUCGACCAGCGGCAGCGCCCCUGCUCCCAAGACCACCACGAAGACCGGGAAGCGUGCCGGAACCAACAAGGCGAGGCCUUCUUAG